UUUAAACUUUCAUUAAAGGGUGAAAUACAAACAUUUCCUUUAUCAGACAUUCGUGUACCUGUAUGUGACAACUAUACAGAUAUUAAUACUGUAGACAUGUCGUAGCACUUGUUGUUAAUUGCCAAGAUUAUCUGUGUGUCUGGAAGGUAACAAAAGCGCAUUUGACCGGGAUAAUAUGGAUUAAACGAAACACUACAUAUCUUUUCGAGAAUGAGAAACAAAACAAAAACAACAACCAAAAACGCCUUUCACAAGAAAAUGUAAACAUUAAGCUUAUUGUAUUCGAUUUAGAAUGAGCGUAUAAGAUAUUUCAUGUUUCAGAAUGAUUGGAAAACCAACUAUACACGGAGUUUCUAUACGGUUGGCAGCAUCGAUUUUACUGGCACUGGUUUUUAUGACAAUCGUUCUACAAACAUACUUUCCUCUUGAUAUCUCCACAUCGAUUUCCUCACCACACCAGUUUAGCAGCAGAUACACAAGUAGACCAAGCAAAUACAGUACUAGUUUUGUCGCAGAAAAUGCACUGAUUCAAAACGAUUCUUUACUAAUAAACACUGCAUCGGCAAAGAAUAUUAAUAUGCCAGAACAUAACAUGAGUAGUGUACAGCUUACUAUACCGAAAAGGAUAACAAAUGCAUCGCAGCAGACGAUCACCCACAUUGGGUUUUUAAAAGUCCAUAAAGCCGGUUCGGAAACCAUGCAGAACAUUUUCUUCCGGUUCGGUCUAAAACAUAACUUAACUUUUGUUCUACCAGAAAAAGGACGCUACUUCCGUAGAACCGGAUCAGCAAUGCCAGUAAGACCUGGGAACCAUCACGAUAUUUUGGCUGUCCAUUCCGUGUACAGCCGUAAAUUGUUUAGAUCGGUACUGCCGAUCGAUUCGGUAAAUAUAGGAAUCAUUCGGGAACCUUUGGAACGUAUGGUAAGUGCCGCGUACUAUUACAGGGACGUUAUGAAACGUCGAGACCUUUUAAAAGUUCCUAAAUUAAAUUUCAUCCACAAUAUUGUCAACCAACCGCAUCUUUAUGACAGAAAGCCGUUUAGUAGAACGAAAAACUCAAUGGGACAAGAUUUCGGAUUUUCUUCUACAAUUACAAUUAACGACACUGAAGAAAUUGAAAAACAACUCGAUUUGUUAAAAAAAGACUUUAAACUAGUUCUUGUACUGGAAAGAUUCGAAGAAUCUCUGAUACUUAUGAAAAGAACUUUGAACUGGGAUUUAGAAGAUGUCAUUUAUUUAAAAAGAAACAGCCACGCCCACAAACCUGUUGUAUUGAGUCCUAAUGAACUUAACAAAUUCAAAUCUACGUGUUUCCUAGAUUACGUUGUAUAUGAAACAUUUUAUGAAAUUUUUGAUAAAAAGAUAGCGGCUGAAGGGCCUGACUUUGUCAGUGAAGUGGAACAUUUUAAAUCAGUACUUCAUUUAGUAAAAGAUUAUUGUGAACAGAUUUCAAAAAACCUUUCACACAAAUCCCUUAGAAUAGCCCAGUCUGCAUGGAACGAACCUUUUGAAAUAUCAAACCAGGAUUGUCGCUUUUUGCAAAUGAACGACUUCAUUGACUUUAUCAAAAGACGACAUAGAGAAUUAAAUGGGAUUUCUUCGCUUAGAAAGAAAAGAGGUGUUCAGUAGGAAAGAACACAAUUGAUAUAUUCCAUGUGAAAUUGUUAAAGUAAAAUAAUAAUAUAUUCAUAAUAAUAGCUUUAUUUAGUUGGCUAUAGCGAGUCUAACAUAUGGUCCUCUAACAUAAUGAUUUAAAAAAUCUCUCCUUAGUUUGUAACAAAGGACAUUAAUUGAAUUAACGUAUUAUGGAAUAGAAUUGUAUAAACCGUAUGCACUAGGCUGAGAAGACUUCAGUGUCUAGGCAACAUCAGAAGCUAAAAGUAUGUACAAAUGGUAAAAGAAUAGUAAUUGCUAUUUGUAAUCAUCACAACAAACCCCUAAAAUCUCUUAUGACAGAAAAGUACGGGAAAGUGUUGGAUUACAUUUAAGAAGCAUCAAUGUUAUAAUUAUGUCUGCAUGAGUUUAAAUAUUUGUAACUGCAGAAAUAGACUGAAGAAAACAAUAAAAUGAAUUGUAUAGUAAUGUAAACACAAUUACCCUUAGGACGGCUUUAUUCAGAUGUACUGUCACUAUUAUGCAGGUGAACGUAAAUACCAGAUUCUUCAUGGAAGACUUACGGGACACACUCUUGCUGACUCAAUGAACAUCUACUUUCAAAAAUUAUUGUAAGCAGUCCAUUGUGUGUUUGUAGUGAGGUGGUAAAAUACAUAUCAUUUCUUUUUUAGCUGUCCAAUAUAUCAAAGAGAACGUACAGAUCUUCUAAAAUAUAUUAGGCCAAUAACCCCUGUUACAUUAAAUACACUGUUAUAUGAUGAUUACACUAAUGUAAUGUGUGUACAAA